AUGGCGGCACACUUUGACACAGAGUACCAGCGCCUAGAGGCCUCAUACAGUGACUCUCCACCAGGAGAGGACAACCUACUGGUGCACGUACCUGACGGAAACAAGUGUAAAGUUCUUAUGUAGAUCUACAGACACACACACACAUACACACACACACACACACACACACACACACACACUAACCUGUUUUUGUUGUUGACUGUUCUCUGCAGCCCCGUGGCACCACAUAGAGAACCUGGACCUGUUCUUCCAGAGGAUAUCCUUUUACCCCUCUGUGUCUCUGUACUCCUGGACUAUUCACUACUACAACUACCCCAGGGGUUAUUUUAAGACAGGGAUGGUCAACACCUUCCGGGAGAAGAGUAGAACCAGGUGUGUAAGAGCAGGGCUAGAACAAAAGCAUGCACGCCUAGUAGCUCUCCAGGAGGAGGAAUGUUGAGCUUGUGACCUGAGUUAAUACUAUCGACCACUAGACUUUCAUUAUGAGAGGACACAUGCUACUUUUACGUCCUAAUCUGAUCCUUGACCCCUGAUCCCUGACACGUCUAUAACCUGCACCAGAAGAAUGGCUUCACCUGUAUGCUGCUGGGAGAGGUCUUUGAGCUGGUGUAAGUACACAGUGUGUGUGUGUGUGUGUGUGUGUCUGUCUGUGUCUUCUAUGUGGUCCAUGUCGGUGUCCUGAGGGGUCGUUUUCAACUUUCCUCUCUCUCUCCUCUUUCCUCCUUCCCCCUUUCUCCCCCUCUGUAGCCAGUUGCUGUUUGUGGUAGGGUUCACGGUCUUCUUGGCUAAUUGUGUGGACUAUGACAUUCUGUUCGCUAACAAGUUUGUCAACCACACCGACUCCUCCAAAGUUACGCUGCCUGACGCCUUCCUGCCUGUGGACAUCUGCAGCGCAAGGUAAGGCUCUAAACACUUCAUAAAUGCUUUAUAAAUGCAUUAUAAACACGUCUUUAGCGCUCAGACUAGUAAGGAAUGCUGGAAAAUGUCCUUCCUGCUUUUUGUUUUCCCACCAGUAUCCGUGAUAAUCCUGCUUGUUGUUUUCCCGCCAGUAUCCGUGACAACCUGCUUGUUGUUUUCCCGCCAGUAUCUGUGACAAGCUGUUUGGUGUUUUCCUGCCAGUAUCCAUGACAACCUGCUUGUUGUUUUCCCGUCAGUAUCCGUGACAACGUGGCAGUGAUGUUUGUAUUGAUGAUAUCUGGAGUGUUCUGGCUGCAUCGCCUCAUCAAGUUCAUCUACAACGUCUGCUGCUACUGGGAGAUACGCUCCUUCUACACCAACGCACUCAAGAUGAGCAUGGUGAGUGUGUGUAUGUGUGCCUGUCUGUGGGUCUUCAACCUACUGCUUUAACUACUGAUCUCCACCCCUCCUCUCUUCUCCCCUUCUCCUCUCUCUCCCCCUCUCCUCCUCCCCCUCUCCUCCUCAUCUCCCCCCUCCUCCCCUCAUUCUCCACCUUCUCCUCCCCCCUCUCUAGGCAGAGCUGCCAUACUUCACAUGGCAGGAGGUUCAGGCCCGGAUCGUUGAGAUCCAGAAGGAACACCAGAUCUGUAUCCACAAGAAAGAACUCACAGAACUGGACAUAUACCACCGUAUCCUGCGCUUCAAAAACUACAUGGUGUGUGUGUCUGUGUGUGUGUGUGUGUCUGUGCACUCACAUGUGUUUGUGCUCGUGUCAACUUCUUUACCAUUCCUCGCUUGUGCCCCUGCUGCUGAACAACAUGUCAAUCAAAAACAACACCACCUAAACCGCCUUCUUCGUCUUCCUCCAGGUUGCCAUGGUGAAUAAGUCCCUCCUUCCCGUGCGUUUCCGCCCGCCGCUGCUCGGGGAGAGUGUGUUUUACACCCGCGGCCUCAAGUACAACUUUGAACUCAUCUUCUUCUGGGGGCCAGGUUGGUGUGUGUAAUGUGUGUUUUGGGGUUUGUGCUUGGUACACUUUAUUUGGUACACUUUUCACCUCUCUCUCUCUGUCUCUCUCUGUCUCUCUCUGUCUCUCACCCCCCCUUCCCAGGCUCUCUGUUUGAGAGUGAGUGGAGUUUGAAGCCGCAGUAUAAGAGAGGUGGUAACAGGCUGGAGCUGGCAGACAAACUGGCAUCACGUAUACUGUGGAUCGGCAUCGCCAACCUCUUACUCUGUCCUGUCAUACUGGUCUGGCAAAUACUGUAUGCCUUCUUCAGCUAUACAGAGGUAGAUACACACACACACACACACACCGCUGUGCUCCGUUAUGGAGGUGUAGCAGAUACUGUAAAGCUAAUUUAUUGUGUGUGUGCGUGCGUGUAGGUGAUAAAGCGUGAGCCAGGCAGUUUGGGAGCGAGGUGUUGGUCUCUGUAUGGUCGAUGUUACCUUCGCCACUUCAAUGAGCUGGACCACGAACUGAUGUCACGGCUCAGCAAGGGCUACAAAGUAGGAAUGAACACACACACACACACCACACACACACACACACAUAUAGAAGGUGUGUAAGGUAAGUAUUGUGAUAUUGAUGAACUGAUUCUUGUCUCUGUUGCUGUCAGUGGUGGCUAAAAUGUCAGAUUUUCUUCACUUCAGUGCGUGGUGUUUCCCUCCCGCAGGCGUCCUCUAAGUAUAUGAACUGCUUCCUGUCCCCGUUGCUGACGGUGGUGGCUAAGAACGUGGCGUUUUUUGCUGGCUCCCUAUUGGCUGUCCUCAUUGCUCUGACCAUCUACGACGAAGACGUCCUCGCCGUGGAACACGUCCUGUCAUCCAUCACCCUGCUGGGAGUGUGUAUCACUGUCUGCAGGUGUGUGUGUUUGUGUCUGUCUGUGUACGAAGUUAUAUGAAGGGUUUAGUGCAUUCUUUCAUAUUCUCCCUCCCUCCCUCCCUCCUCAGGUCUUUUAUCCCAGAUAAACACCUGGUGUACUGUCCAGAGCAGCUGCUCAGGGUGAUCCUGGCUCACAUCCACUAUAUGCCAGAUCACUGGCAGGGCAACGCCCACCGUUAUGAGACACGAGACCAGUUCUCACAGCUCUUCCAGUACAAGGCUGUGAGUAGCACUAUAGUCAUAACCUUUGCCACCCUUUAUAAAGCAUGAUCAUUUCGGAAGCACAUAGCAUAUUCUUCUCUACCUGUCCAGAGCCUGUAUUCACAAAGCGUCUCAGAUUAGAAGGGCUGGUCUAGGAUCAGUGUACCCUCUAAGGUCGUAAUGAAGAAGAUUACAUGUACAGGGGGGACCUGAUCCUAGAUCAGCGUUGAGGUGUUUAACCCUUUAACUCAGGUGUUUAAACCUUUCCUCUGCCUGUCCAGGUGUUUAUCCUAGAGGAGCUGAUCAGCCCCCUGGUGACUCCCUUCAUCCUGAUCUUCAGUCUGAGGAGGAAGUCGCUGGAGAUCAUUGACUUCUUCAGGAACUUCACCGUGGAGGUGGUGGGGGUGGGAGACACCUGCUCCUUCGCUCAGAUGGACAUCAGACAGCACGGACACCCCGCGGUGAGACAUAUACACACACACAACUCAUACGUACACACACACAGAUGGGCAAUGCAUAAAUAGUGACUCUCUAUUUCUCUCUCUCUCUUUCCCUCUCUCCCUCUCUCUCUCCCUUUCCCCUCCCUAACUCCUCCCUUCUCUCCUUUCUCUUACGUCCUCCUCCCCCUCUCCCUCCCUCCAGUGGAUGUCUGAGGGGAAGACAGAGGCAUCUAUUUACCAACAGGCGGAGGAUGGGAAGACUGAGCUGUCCCUGAUGCAUUUUGCCAUCACCAACCCCCAGUGGCAGCCCCCUACCGAGACCACUCACUUCAUCAGCCAGCUGAAAGAGAGAGUACAGAGAGAGGCUACGGGAGACACACACACUCUCACCUCACUGUCCGAGUCAGAGGUAUGGAGACAGACAGACAUGCCAAUACAUACAUUGACACUUCAAUUUUGGAUCUCAAGUUUCACAUUGUAUACAUUUCUCAGUUUUUUGUUUACACUGAUGUUAAAGGUAAAAAUCAAAUUCUCUGUCUCUCUGUGUGUGUCUCUCUCUCUCUCUCUCUCUCUCGCUCUCUCAGCCAAGGAGUCUGAUAGCUAACUUCCUGGCAGGUCCCCCCUCAUUGGCCUCUCUUAAUCUGGGGCGAGACGGCGCCUUGACCAAUCACGGGCCGGACGGUGUUAGCGACGGGGCGUCAGCCUUGCGCUCCCUCUCAGUCAGCAGCAUGAGGGGCAGCUGUAGCUCCGCCCAUAGGUCGGCCGGACACGCCUCUUCUGCAAGCAGAGCCAUGGUAGGAUCAAGGUAAAGCCCACACUCCUCCCACGACCAAUCAACGAAUCAAUCAAGCAAUCUAUCAAUCAACUAACAGUCAAUCAACAAACUCUCUCUCCCCCCCCCCUCAGUACUGACGCUCGUACUGCUAGUUCAGGCAGUAGUGCGUGGGAAGGUCAGCUGACUAGUCUCGUCCUAUCAGAAUACGCCUCCACGGAGAUGAGCAUCCACGCACUCUAUAUACAUGAGGUCUGUCUGUCUGUGUCGGGAUGGUUUUAAAAAUGUUGCAAUAAAGAGCAUCAAAAGUAAAUGCAUCUCUCCCACUUCCUCUCUCCCCUCCUUCUCCCCUCUCUCUCCCACUUCCUCUCUCCCACUUCCUCUCUCCCCCUCUCCCUCCCUCUAUCUAGCUCCAUAAGCAGCAGUCUGGAGGGGCGUUGUCCCGGCACACCUGGCACAGGCAGGACAGUGACGACAGUAGUGACAGUGUCACAGAGGAGGGGGGUUCAGGGGGAGGGAACCCUAACCCCCGAAACCCCAUCCCCCGCUCACACACCUUCCCUAUCUCUACCCCUAUCUCCACCCCUGGCCCUAUCACCAGCUCUAACUCGGGCCCUAACCCUGACCGAGGUACCACCCCGGGGCAGGAAGAGGCACCACUCCAGAGCAAUAGCCAGCGUCGCUACGGGGGAACCACAGGUAACCAUGACAAAUGUGUCUCAAAUGACACUCUCAUUCAAUGAUAUUGAAGAUGACAUAUUGAUCAUACUGAUAUCUCUCUGUGUGUGUGUCGCUCCUCCAGACUCUGUGGGCCCGGGGGGCAGAGUGGUGAGGUCGGCGCGUGUGCCCAUGGGGGGUUGGGCAGAGGAGGGACGGGGAGGCCGACACCCAGACACUGUACCUGAGGAGGGCUCAGAGGACGACAUGCCUCCCAACAUACACAAGGUAUUUACACACACGCGCACACAAACAAAGAUCUUGCGUCUGUGUAUGAGGUUCCAUCUCAGUGUUUCCCUCUCUCCUCAGGUGACGUAAAUGACCAGAGAGAUCCCACCUACCCCCCACAAACACAUCAAACAUCCUCAUCCUCCCAGAAAAGAACUUCCUACUCACCUGUGACCUUUCACCAUGGCUUUACCUUUGACCCCAGAUGGACAGACAUGUGGGAUAGCAGCAUGCCGUGUUAUUCGCUCUGGGCUAGAGAAAAACAAUUGAGUAACAGUGUGAAGAUUACAAUGACUUCUUCUUGACACCCUCUGUGGAUGACACCGCCAAUCAAGUGACGGUGGUUGACGACUUCAUCAUAACUGACAGCAUGGAACCCAUAGCAUAUUUAUCGGCUUCCAUAGUUGCCUCCUAUACACUAAUCUAAGGUCAGCUUGAUGUUUUCUCUCCAUAAUGGUUAAGGUUAGGAUUUAGGGAGGGUAAGCUGAUCAUAGAUCUGUGCCUAAGGGCAACUUCUAGCCAGAGAGCACCUUUUUAAAGAUAAGAUUUAGUAAUGACAAGUUUGUCAUUAUUUUUAAUUCUUUGUUUUUUUCUCUUUGGGUUGCUUAUAUUUAUUGCAUUUUCAGAGAGAAAUUGUGUUCUCAUAUAUAUAUAUAUAUAUAGGAGUCUUCCAUCAAAGUAUGACUCUGCACUGGCACUAGGAAUCAUUUUGGGAUUGGGUGAUGGUGUUGUACAAAGACCUCAUAGACGUGAAGCAGGCACUAAACCGAUAUACAGCAUGUGCAUAGACAUACUGGUAUAAUUCAAAUCAGGACGUUGGACUAUUCUAAGUAUAUCAUUGAGGUGUAUAUAGUUAAUAAAUGGAGAUAUGCACAUACAAUAAACACAUCAUAGUUAUUGUUUUUGUGUCAUACAAACACUCUUUUAAAUUAAAGAAAGCAAACUAACCAGGCUGAUUGGAACGGGUAACUUCAGCCUCUUCAGUGCCAUAUUUAAGCACUUAAAGGGGCAAUCCGCAGUUGAAAUGAUAACAAAAUCUCCCCCACCACUGUUUCAGUAAAAGGUUGAAGGAUGGGGCUGGAGAAAUGUAACCACACUCAAAUUCAAAGACAGAGCUGUGGAUGCAAGGACUGACCAUCCAUCCAUUUUUAACCAUGUUUUGAGGCUAUACAGUGUUUGUUUACAUUUACUUUGUUUUGUACUUUGUUCCAAUGUUAGCAAACAUUGGAAAAACAAGUUUAUAUUUUGGCUUCUGAUGGGGUACGACAGUUGAACUAAGCUCAUGGGGCAUUUAUAAGUUAUAGUCUUCAAGAAUCAAUGGGUUUAUAUCCAAAAUGGAUGUAGUAACUGCAGAUUGCCCCUUUAAGCACAACCAUCCCAUAACUAUACAGCAAUCAACCUUCAAUCAACACUAAUAGCUGUAUAGAAUCAUCAGCAUCAGGCAAACUGCAUGUUUUUUCUGCCCAAACUGUCUGGGGAAAAAAAGAGAAUGCACUUUAAUGACUUUUGUUGAAUCCAAAGGAUGUCACUUGUCAGUAUAUUGAUUUUGAUAAUUUCAUAUUUUUAUGACUUUAUUUUAACCAGGGCUUGUGCCACCUUCAGAGAGUUGAGGUUGAGAUGCAUGGUGAUUUACAAGUGUUUGUUUUUGUGGUUCACACUGACUAGCCUGGUCCCAGAUCUGUUUUAAGCGCUGUAUAACCAGCUCCCAUAUGGUUGAUCAUACAGCACAAACAGAUCUGGGACCAGGCUACAGAGGGGACAUAUGCUUCUAAUAGAUACAGUCAAAGAAACUCUACAGCUGGGUAUUCAUUUCUAGAAGGCAAGGUCUGCAGUGCUGCUCGCUAUUGAUUGAUAUAUUAAUGUAAUUGAGUUGCCAGCCAGAGAGUCCAAUCUGAAUCAUACCCUGGAUAAAUAUCAGCUGCAGACCUGGAGGCCUGGAUUUCAAUAAUGUAAAGGGUCUCCUGGGACACAGUGGAAGAAGCCACUGUGGUACAAGUUUAACAAUGAGGUAGUAGGAUUCCUGAGCUGACACAUAUAGCCUAUCUGGUUUUGUUUUUGUUUUUAUAGAUUGUCCUGUAAAUUGCCAUUUUGUACAGUUGUAAAUCAUCAAUAAAAAUGUAUUUAAUACGUUUAUGUCAUUUCAAGUUUUGUUAGUAGUAUGUACAAGAUACACAUGGUAUACACCGUCCAAUUAAACGCUUAGUUGCAGGUUCCUUUUCGACAAUUCAACAAUAUAUUUUAUUAAGAAAUAAUAAAAGAUAAGAAUACGAACAUAAAGUAAAUGGCUCAGUAGAACAUAAUAAAUAUUUUAGCAUAAGUAUAUGGUAACUUGGGGGAAAAUAUCGGAACAAAAUGACAUUGAGCAUUUCACUAUUAAUAUCCUCACAAUAAGCAGGUUUCCACCCAACCUUUUUAUGCUAGUAAAGUACAUAAAUGUACAAAAAUUACAAAAAUGUAGGUGGAAACACUUUUAUGCGCAAAUAUUGAUAUAAUAGCCAUCAUAUCUAAUUGAACUUGGAGCCGUGCGGUGACAUGUUGUGUGGUCCUCCCACUAUGACUCAUCGGAAAAGCACGAAGUUUAUUAGGUUACAGAUGAAAUAAAUUAUGAUGAGCUUCACAGGGUAGUGAAAGUGCAAGGUGAUGAGCUUGGUGCUCCUUUCCAUAACAUUGAGGGUUAUUCUGGUGACAUGAUAAUCGAUGCUUGGCUGCCGUUUGACAAAUAAAAAUGAUCUCGCUCUUUUGUCCAUAAUAAUAAUCUCAUCAUGUAGGCCAGGGUAACUCCAGUCCUCGGGGGCCGGAGUGGUAUCACACUUUUCCCCCAUCCCUAGCAAACACAGCUGAUUAAACUAAUUGAUAUUGAAGAUGACAUAUUCAAUAUCAAUUAGUAGUCAUUCAAUGAUAUUGAAGAUGACAUAUUGAUCAUACUGAUAUCUCUCUGUGUGUGUGUCGCUCCUCCAGACUCUGUGGGCCCGGGGGGCAGAGUGGUGAGGUCGGCGCGUGUGCCCAUGGGGGGUUGGGCAGAGGAGGGACGGGGAGGCCGACACCCAGACACUGUACCUGAGGAGGGCUCAGAGGACGACAUGCCUCCCAACAUACACAAG